UACACAUAUACACAUAUAUAUUCAUUGAAGAUGCAAGACGAAGAAAGAUAUAUGACAUUGAAUUUACAAUUGAAGAAAAGGAGUUCUAGCCAAAUAUUCCAACUUAAACAUAAAGAUUGUUCUGUGAUGUUGCACUGGUAUAAAGUCUUAUUGGGAAUAUCUGGAACAGUAAAUGGCAUUCUGCUCUUGACUUUGAUCUCCCUGUCCUUACUGGUUUCUCAGGGAGUAUUGCUAAAAUGCCAAGAAGGAAAGAAUUCAAAUAUCACCCAACAUGAUGAUAUUGGAAACCUGGAAACAAAUAGUGGCACAAGGGGAAAUAUAAAUAAUAAGGACACAAGCCUUUGUGGUUCAAAAGCUACAGACCAUACAGGGUUCUGCCCAUCGGAAUGGCUCAAAUAUCAAGAAAAGUGUUAUUGGUUCUCUAAUGAGAUGAAAAGUUGGAGUGACAGUUAUGGCUAUUGUUUGGAAAGAAAAUCUCAUUUACCAAUCAUUCAGGACCAACUUGAAAUGGCUUUUAUACAGAAAAACCUAAAACAAUCAAACUAUGUGUGGAUUGGACUUAACUUUACAUCCCUGGAGAGGACAUGGACCUGGGUGGAUGGUUCUUCAUUAGAUUCAAAUAUAUUCAUCAUAAAGGGGCCAGCUAAAGAAGAUAGCUGUGCUGCCACCAACGAAAACAAAAUUUAUUCUGAAACCUGCAGCAGUGUUUUCAAAUGGAUUUGUCAAUCAAUCAAUAAACAAUGAUCAAAGUUUUUGCCUAUUAGGUUCUAAUAUUAAUCUUAAUAAGAAUUUAAAACUACCAAAAAAAAUAGAACUGCAAUUAAACAGCAAAUAUCUUCUCCAUUUUCCCUCCAUUAUCUACAUUGGUCCUAACCUUAGAGUACCCCAUCCAAACAAUCUAAAAUACACCCUUCCAAAGUUUUAUGAGGUAAUAUAAUUCAGUGUGAGUCCAUACAUUUGCACUCAGGAUUUUUAUUCAUUUUUAUUUUACAACAAAUGUGAUCAAAUAUAUCUA